AUGUACUGCCUUCACUGGAUGCUGCCAGUGCUGCUGGUCCCCAAGUCAGCCUGUGCUCUUGUUCUACAAGACCAGAUGGUUGUGAUUCUUCUUUACCUCCUGGCUUUCUUCCUCGAGCGGCGACCCUGCAUUCUCUGUGUCCUAGUCUUCAUCAUUGCUGUGGUGGUUCUCUGCUACAGUGGAAUUGGACAGUGCAUAUUCUGCAACUGGGGACCGUCCCAUUUUACUCGGUCUACUUGUGAAGACUAG